AUGUCUCCGACCCACACCCCUCAAGAUGACCAUCGUUCGCUUUCCACGUCAGUGUUCUCCGACAGGCACAACACGGCAUCGUCAGAAAGAGAUAGCAGUUCGUUAAGUCUCGCAACAACCGAGUGCGCGAAAGUUCCGGAUCCAUACUCGCCUAACUGCUCGAACCCUCCUUUUAUAAGCUCACCUCCUGCUGCGGUCCCUCGCGACGGUGAUCGCAGAAUAUAUCACUUUGCAACAGGCAUCAAAACAUCACUGACCUCUUCUGUCAGUCAGCUACGUAAUCGAGGCCGAAGGGGCGAUAAAACAAUCGCCUUAGAAGAGUGUCACAUGAAAGGCGUUCGUAUGAGAACUGUCGAACCAAAAUACUUUAUAGGUAUAUGGAAAACCUGGUGGAUGGAGAUAUUGAGUAGCUUGCUCGCUAUUGGCUGUCUCAUCGCGAUUGUCAUAAUCUUGGCCUUUCACGACGGCAAGCCACUGCCUCACUGGCCAGACCUGAUCUCGAUCAAUACCAUGGUUGCUGUCUUCACUGCCAUUUUCAAGGCGUCUCUAAUGAUGCCGGUUGCUGAAGGCAUCGGUCAGCUCAAGUGGGAUUGCUUCCAGCGCCCGCGGAGGUUAGCCGACAUUGUUCUUUAUGACGAUGCUACUCGUGGACCUUGGGGCUCCUUGAUGCUGAUCAUCAAGCGAGUGUUCCAGGUACAGAGAACAUAUCUGGCUGGGUUGGGCGCUCUCAUUACCGUAGCAGCGCUCGCAAUCGACCCCAUUUCUCAAGCUAUGAUCGAACAUAAAAGAUGUCUACUUCCCACGCAAUCUGCCAACGCCAGCUUAGCAGAGGUUCCGAGAGCAAACAACUACUCAGCCGGUCGUAUACGUAAUGAGCCAGUUCUUUACUUCUCAGACUCGGAACCAGGCGGGCCACUCGGUGCCAUCAUGGAAUCGGCCAUCAAACAAGGACUCAUUCAACCCCAGGAAACAGCUGCCAUGAUCAAUUUUAGAUGUCCUACGGGUAAUUGCAACUUUACGGGGGAGGGCCAUGGCAGCUAUUUCUCUUCUCUGGCCAUAUGUCACUCCUGUCAAGAUAUCACAGAACAAAUCACGCGCUCCGACGAUCCUGACAUCUCAGGACAUUCCGUCUGGAGACUGCAUUUUGAUUCAUUCAAUGGUACGAAUGGCGGAAGUACUGAAGUGUACAGUGCAUGGAACUCAACAAAGCUUUCGCUGAAGUCCACAACUAAACUUUUGGGCUACGAUGAAGGACCUUUUGUACCUUUCUACAGCUUUGACGUUCUGAUGGUUGUCAAUCCUGAUCCUAGCUGCAAAGAAGGCUGGCAAUCUUCAACCAUAGCCAUUGCCUCUCGGUGUAGGCUGGAUGCUUGCGUAAAGCGUUAUAACGGAAGCGUCCAAGACGGUGUUUACCGUGAAACAGAGCGCCCAGAGCUUGAGGGAACUUUGAACUACAACCCCCAUGGACAUUUCUCCCAGGAGGAGAUGCUGUGGGCACUUUUGACCAAAACGAGCCUCGUCGACGGCAAGGAACGGCUGUGUACAGCAGAGGCAAAUGGGGCGCCUCACACCGUUCGAGUCGCAUCAGUAGACGGUCAUCGAUACAGGGUUGGAUCUGAAGAUCGGUUCAAGUGGCAAAAUUUUACAAUGAAGUCAUUUCCACGAGAAUGCGUCUGGGCAAUAGACUCAAGCUCAUGGCAAGGGAUUAUUUCAACGCUAGAGCUUCUUCUCGACACCACAGUCACAGGCAGCCUAUCUGACGACAUAAGCCUGUAUGAAGGCCCAGAAUGGCUGAAACGUAUCUACUCUAAUGGUGCGGGCAACUUUUCAACGGUCGAAAACAUGGCACGCGGCUUAGCGAACUCGAUGACAGCAGCCAUUCGAAACCAGCCCUAUGGAGACAUCAAUGACGAAUACACAGGGCUUCUUGACCCGGAUCUCCUUCGAACAUCCAUAGGCACUACUCUUACCGUUUAUACGUGUAUAUACGUGAAUUGGCACUGGAUAGCAUACCUGGCUUCAUUACUAGUGCUGCAGUGGACAUUCUCAGUUUCGGUGCUACUGAAACAACGCUCUAGUUGUGGGGAUGACAGACAGCGACAAAUGGGAUGGAAAUCGUCGCCUCUGGCGCUUCUAUUCAACGGGCUCGAUGAAAGUCUCUCUCAAAAGCACAAAGACUUGUACACUCUUGACGAGAUGAACCAAGUGGCGGAAAGUACGACAGUUCAGUUGGCUCCUGCGAGUGGUUCCAAGGGCGAUGCGUUGAGGUUUUGCGAAGCCAAGGUAUAA